ACGUCGACGUUAUUGAAUCGCCAUUUUAGAAAGAAGGAGAGCUGUUCGGAACAAUAGCAGCCAGUUAGCUACGUGCUUCGACGUUAUAGUACAUAUUUUUAUUUUAUCCAGUGAUCCUACAACGCAGAAAUGUCUCGGGACAGAUUUAACCUUAACGUUAGAGGAAAUAAUCGUGGAGCUGGAUUUCAACGCCGGGGAGGUGCUGGCCCGAUGCGAGGUGGAAUGGGUAACAUGAAUAAUUUUAGACAAAACCAACACCCUUUUCAAAGAGGGCCUCAUCCCGGUAACUUUGGAAAACCACCCAACCAGAUACCUCAGAUAACCCCUCAGAAGCCACCCGCACCAACUCUUUCCCAGCCAGGCGCUCAAGCGAUUCGGCCACCACCUACUCCUGGCCCUGCGCUAACCAUGAAGGGCCCCAUACAGCAACAGCAGGCCGCCGCCGCAGCAGCAGCUCCGGUCGCCGUAGCGGCAGCAACUCCGACGGCCGCAGCAGCAGCAACUCCGAUGGCCGCACCUCCGGCGGCCGCAGUAAUAGCGCCGGCUGCUCAACCAAAAAUGCUGUCCCCACCUCCGAAGCCUGUUCCUCCGAAACCCGCACUUUCAUCUCCCCCACCAAACCAAAUUAAAAAACCGACUCUCUCAUCUCCCCCACCAAACCAGAUGAAUAGGAACCUGCAAAGACCAGGACCCGGCAACGCCAAUGGGAAUAAAUCUGCACCCGUGAACAAAAAACCUGAACCUCAAACGCAGAAGAACACUUCAAAUGAGGCCGAGGAAGCCCAGCCCCCCAAUGAGUUGAGAGCGACAUUGUCCUCGUUGCGCAGACCUGGCGAGAAGACAUACACUCAACGAUGCCGCCUUUUCAUUGGAAACCUUCCCAACGAUAUUUCGGAUGACACAUUCAAGAAGCUGUUUGCGAAGUAUGGCGAGCCCAGUGAGAUUUUCAUCAACAAAAACAAAGGCUUUGGCUUCAUACGCCUCGAAUCCCGUGCAUUGGCUGAGAUAGCUAAAGCUGAGCUGGAUGACGUACCCAUGAAAGGCAGACCGCUUCGGGUGCGCUUUGCAACUCACUCGGCUGCACUGUCUGUGAAGAACUUAUCACCUUUUGUUUCCAAUGAGUUACUGGAGGAGGCCUUUUCCCAGUUUGGAGUGGUGGAGAGGGCUGUUGUAAUUGUAGAUGAUCGCGGGCGCUCCACUGGCAAGGGCAUUGUCGAAUUUGCCUCUAAACCUGCUGCACGAAAGGCCCUGGAUCGUUGCAAUGAUGGAGUCUUCUUGCUCACCACGUCACCUCGUCCAAUCGUCGUUGAGCCCCUUGAACAAUACGAUGAUGAGGAUGGUCUACCAGAGAAACUGGCACAGAAGAACCACAACUAUCAUCAGGAGCGGGAGGAGCCACCCAGGUUUGCCCGUCCUGGCACGUUUGAGUUUGAAUACUCUAAGCGUUGGAAGUCCCUGGACGACAUGGAGAAGCAGCAGCGCCAGCAAGUGGAGAAGAACAUCCGCGAAGCCCGCGAGAAACUGGAGGGAGAGAUGGACGAUGCUUUCCAUGUGCACCAGGCCAACAUGAUCCGCCAAGAUCUGCUGAGGCGUGAGGAGGAGCUACGACGCAUGGAGGAGAUGCACAGUGCGGAGAUGCAGAAGAGGAAAGAGAUGCAGCUCAGGCAGGAGGAGGAACGUCGCAUACGUGAGGAGGAGACGCUCCGCCAGAGGGAGAUUGAUGAACAAAUCCGGCGCAAGCGGGAGGAGGCCUACAGAAGUGGGAACUUCAUGGACAAUAGGGAUAUGAGAAUGACUCAGGGUGGCGCCAUGGGCAUGGCUGACAAUCAAUUUGGCUCACCCAACCAGAAGUUCCCCAUGGGACUCCAAGGCAUGGGGGCACCUAACGCUGGGGGAGCCAUGAUGCCCAACGAAAUGCGCAACGAGCGGAACUUCCCUCAGGGAGGCCGGGGGGCAAUGGGUCCUAACAACCAAGGGUUUGGCAGGGUCCGUGAGGAGUUUGAUGGGCCUGCCAAGAAGCCCCGCUUUUAAAUCUUUUCAGUGUCCCUCAUAGCAGUGUUUUUGUGUAGAUUCUCUGAACAUCUUCACAUUGAGUCAUUGUUAUAUUUAAGUUGAAAGUGUUCUUGCACUUUAGCCUGAAUACUCAUUCAUUUUAUGGCAAGUUAGGUUUUUCUUUUUUGAUUUUGUAUUUGUAGUGUGAAAUUGAUGAAUUGGUCACUCAGUAAUCACAUAGUGCUAUCCCACCUAUGUUUAACUUUCUUUCCAGUUGUAUCGUGCUCGUGUCGUAAAUGGUGAUAAAUGUAACAUUUUGUCACCUUUCUAUGGCUGUGUUUUGUGCCAUUUAAGAUUUGAACUAAAAACAUGUAACUUUACAAUAAAGACCUAAUUUGGUUCUUUCCAAA